GGAUGAAUUGCCCUGGGACCCUUCAUCUACCAACAACAGACUUCCGUUUAUUAUCGAAUUGGAUUGAUCAUGGGCUGAUGGCCCCCUGUCUUUAGAUGCCCCCUUUGGAACUUUCCGGGCGAGGUUGAUGGUGCGUAUGCGCUCUCAAGUUUUGAUGAGCAGCUACAAACACCUCCGGAACUCGAACAAGACGGAAAUCAUUCCGAUUUUCAGCCUAGAGUCUCCUGGAAUCACUGCCAGUAUAGCGAGAAUCAUACCUCGGCGCAGCAGAGUACUGUGGACCCAUUGUACUGGACGGAGCAGCUGCCUUCUACAGGGUACGGCCUCUCAUUGUGUGUCAGUCCCAUCGACCGACAAGCUAUUCCGAUCCUGAUAGCAAAAUAUGUACACUGCGUUUUGUGUGCUUAGUUUCUAACAUCUAAAAGAAUCGAUAGUAAUCAAGAUCCAGAAACGGACCACUCGUCUUUUCCCGGAACAAGCAUAUCUCACCAAACAGGCAAGCAACAAACUGCUUCCAUGUAAGCUAUUAUAUUUUGAUUUAUGUCAAUCAACUGGCUGACUCCCACACUGCCAAUCUAUGGAUAACAAUCAACGCAUCCAUAAAUGUACAACACUAGAUUGCAAAGUCCCCGGCUUCAGAAAGCUAUCAGAUCUUCGACGUCAUCAACACUCCCACGAGGCACCUCGAUUCUUUUGUCCCGUGAGGACAUGCAAAGCUCACACCAGGGGUUUCAAACGCAAAGACAAUCUCACAGAGCAUCAGAAACGAGCUCACGAGGCAAAUGCACGAGCUUCCAUGGUUGCGUCUCAUGAUUCGAAACUCAGCGCUCGAGCCGAACCAAUGGAAGAUGAAGAAAUGGGAAACGAGAGUCCACCUUUGGCUCUGAUGGCAAUCAAGGAUGGCUUUGAUAGCAGUUUGUCACCAAAAGAGUUUCUUUUGGCAAAGCUCGCGGAGUUACGCGCAUCGCGGAAAAAAUGGAUCGAGCAAAAAGACGAGGAAAUUAGAGCGGUGGAGAAGACAUUGUUUUUGAUCAACAGGUAAUCUCCAGAAAGCAUGUCUGGAUUGUUGGUAAAAUGGUACAUGGUCUAGCUGCCUCGACCA